AUGAACGACGCCAUAGAUUCCAGGGUCGAGGCGCUCGCGUUCCAGUACGUGAGCUUCGGGCUGUUCACGGUGGCCAGCAACCUCUGGACGCUGGUGGCCGUCGUGACCGCCGCCGUCAGCGUGUGGAGCAUCAGGGCCGCCGCCGCCGGCUCCUCCGCCGUCCGGCGACGUCGCGAGCCGCGCGGCGAUGGCGGCGCGAUCAGCAGGUCCAGCGGGGACGGGCCGAUCCCGGAGAGGCGACUGGCCGAUGUCGCCGAGAGAUCCGUACCGGCGGCCGCCGAUGAUUCGGGCGCGGCCUCGACGUCGGCCGGCUAUCCGGGGAGCGAGCUGGGCGACGGAGUGACGAGAGGGAGGACGAAGUUCACCGCCUACUACAAGGACGACGGCGAACGCGAGCGCGAGGCGGCGUCGGCCGCCGCGGCGGUGGAGGAGGGGGAGGAGGAGGACGCCGCCGGGGAGGGCGGUUCUUGCGGGGGAGGAGAGUGGUGGGAGAGCUGGGAGAGAGUGUUGAAGGCGAGGAACGGGGAGAUGUGGUGGUACAGGUGUCAGGACACGGGGGUGAUAAACGGGGCGGUGGUGAGGCUGUGGGACGAGAGCAGAUGCGGCAGCGGAAGGAGGGACAGCUCAGGCUGUGCUGUGUGGUAG